CUAAUCUUGUUCAACAACGAAAUGUUGGUUCUCAUCUUCCAACAAUUAAUGAUGUGAAUGAAGAUGAAGAUGAAAAUACAACUACUAUAAAUUGUCCUGUAUCUGUUUUAUCUCGUAUUAGUUCAUUAACGACGUGUUUGCUUUUAUUUUAG